AUGAGUCGGAACGAAAUUGACGUAGCUCCGGUCAUUUCCGUUAGAAUUGUUUCCGUCGAUCACUACAGCACCUUUCCCAACCCGCAUGUUGAUCACACGACAACUCAAUUCUCAAAGCCAGUGUCCAGGGGAUUCCGAGUGCCCGUAAUACGCAUAUUUGGGGUCACCGAAAACGGACAGAAGGCGUGUGUUCACCUGCACCGUGUGACAUGUCAUUUAGUGCGCCUUUACAUUCAUAAAUUUGGAACCAGCUUGAAUCAUGCCAUUGCGCUUGGUCUUGGAAGACAUCCCGAUGAUGCAGCAAAGUGCCUCUUCAUCGCCUCCAUUGCUCUCGUCAAGGGGAUUCCCUACUAUGGCUUCCAUUCCCGUUAUCAGCCCUUUCUCAAGAUCAGUGUCCUCAAUCCAAGCAUGCUCAACCGCAUCGUAUCGCUGGUGGAAAAUGGAUCGGUCAUGGGAGAGUCCUUUCAGCCGUACGAGGCGCAUUUGCCAUACCUGCACCAGUUCUUCAUUGAUUACAAUCUUUACGGAAUGGACUUCAUCCAUUUUGCGGAUGCCCGGUUCCGGUUGCCUAUCUACGGUGCGUUCAAACUCGCCGAGGCGUGCGGAUUGCAAGUGGCGGCUAACAUUCCGCCAUCAGAGAUUCCACGCAAUGAACAAACCUCUGACUCAGCAACACAGCUAUUCACGGAUGCAUCGGUAUUGGAUCAGCGCAAGUGGCCCUCUCGUUUCAAAAUCGAGCGGCAAAGCUAUUGUGAGCUCGAAAUCGACACAUGGGCGGAAGACAUCAUGAAUCGCUCCUUGAUUGAUGAACGCCCACGUAAAGCACUGAUCGAUUUACAGAACGGAACUCUAGAUCUCGGGGACACCAAACUGGUGCCCUCGCUGGCAAACCUUUGGGAAGACGAACGAGAAAGGAGACGGAUGAAGGGCAUAUCCAAAGCAAUGCCAGCCGGUGGUACAAUCACGCAAGCGAGUAACCGCUUACCUUACCAGCCGUGGGGAAACGAGGAGAGGUUGAGGAGAGAGUUGAUGGCUUCGAUGCAGCAGGCAAAAGGGGUUGCAGGGGCAGAUCAAAUGGAUAUCCCUUUCCAAGAGCAACUAGGCGUGUGGGAAGAUGACGCUUUUCAAACCGCGUUUCAGUCCGUGCCGGCAUGGAAGAGCCCGCAAGAAACGCAUCAGGUUGAUACUGAGGCCGAGAUACAAAAGACUACCAUCGAGGUCUACGGUCCUACUGAAUUGAGGCGCGCAUCGACACAACUGAAUGAUCAGGACUUAAUGGACCUAAACGGGCUAGUCGACGAAGUGAGAGUGUUCUCACCUCUUGGAGAUCCGGCAACGGACGUUGACGAGAGCGCGGACGAGGGUUUCGACGAUACAGACGAGGGUUUAGCCAAUAUGACAUUGCUAUAUGAUGAUCCACUGACACCUGCGUCGACGUCUUCUGGGGGCGUCCUGAAUUCCGAGGUUUCUGGAAAGGUAUCUACUUCGAGGAGUACGUCGUCCAAUGGGGACACCGCCAAACGAAGCACCAAGCAGCGUUCCAUCUUGGAUGCAGAGAAGGUUGCAAAGUUUCAGCAGUUUCUCGUCAAUCACGACAUUAGUGUGCGUUCGCUAGACAAAGUGUCAAACCUUCACCCUCCUGAUGCGGCUCAUCGCUUCCUUUCGGCAAUGAAUAUGGUUUCUCCCGAACGGAAUCCGGACCGAAUGCAGGAACACACCGCUUUGCACUCAUGGCACGGGAGACCGAUCGCAGAUUCUCCUUCUACUCGCCAUCCAACGCCAGCGCCUACUUUCGACUUACAUUCCGACGAUAAAUUUGGAACACCCUCGAAGUCUCGUCCACUUUCAGACGUCGCCGUACCCCACUCCCAUUCGUCGCAGAAGGCUUCUGAAAACUCUGAUGAUGUCUUGGAAACCCCGUUUGCGUCGCCUUUUACAACAUCUGCAAACACAUUACCCACACAACAACAUGCUGAACCAGUAGUCAGCAACGCAGCGCCCGGACUCUACCAGUUCGCCUUUCCACCACCCUCCAAAGACGAGCUGCGUGCCACUAUGGACCUCUAUGGAAUCCCUACUGUCGUGUACCGCGAGCCGUACUUCAGUGACCCCAAAGACGUCCCGGCUCGUGUCAGAACUUUUGCGGGUCGUAACUAUAAGUUUGAAGCGGACGACGCUCAAAGCUUGAGCGAGUUUGACACGAGUGGAUGCUCGGUGAGGGCCAACGUGACAAUGACUCAGGGUGGGUCGAAUAAGUCCCUGGCUAGGGGGUUGGAGCAUUGGCAAGAGACGUGUCGGAAGACACGGGCGCCCUCCAGCAUUCGCGCCUGGACUGUACCUUUUUUACCGCCGUUACGCGCGGAGACCGUAAAAUGGUUGAAGGCGCAUGAGGCAGUUAAAGCCGAGGUCAAAGAGCAGCCUGGCCCCCUGGUGCUCAAAGAAUCGAUGCGCGCCUUUGAAAAAGGCAUACAAGAACGGCGCAAGCCGGUGCUCGUUUCCCAAAUCGAAGCCCCAACCCCAAAGAACCCGUACGGCUUCAAGUACACGCAGAUCAGCACCAAGAAUGUGUCGGUACAAAAACAGUACAUGUGCUCGAUGAGUAUGGAGCUGCAUGCCACGUGCCGAGGCGAUCUUCUUCCGGAUUCACAGCAUGACGAGAUCCGGGCACUUUUCUACUGCCUGCAACAUGAGGAUGAGACGAGGUUUAGGAACAACGGCACCCGUCCCGGAUAUUUUGUUGGAAUCAUCAUGGUGCAAGAUGAGCAUCCACUUGCAAAGACGGGUGUCGGUGGAUACGCUAUCGAUAUCGUGCCUGACGAGAAGGCGCUGCUAGAGUUGCUAUGUCAGAAAGUGAGAUUCUUCGAUCCAGACCUUCUUGUUGGAUACGAUGUACAUCGCGCAUCAUGGGGAUAUGCCGCUGAGCGCGCGCGCGACGAACAUGAAUUCGAUCUGUGUGCCGAACUGUCCCGAGUCAAACCAGAAGAUGCCAAUACGCGCUUUGGCCGAGACGAAGAUGCCUGGGGAGCUAACAAGCAAUCUUAUAUGCACACCACCGGGCGCAUCUUCCUCAAUGUGUGGCGACUGAUGCGUUCGGAGAUGAAUCUGACCUCUUACACCCUGGAAAGCAUUGCCUAUCACGUUCUGCACAUCAGGGUCCCGAAGUUUACACCCAAAACUUUGAACGAAUGGUACGAAAAAGGGAUGCUGUUCAGAUGGCGAACCGUCAAGUAUUACCUUAGUCGGGUUCAGUACAAUCUCGAUCUGCUCGAUGACACAUCCAUGAUCAGUCGCACCAGCGAGUUCGCCCGUGUUUUCGGUAUCGACUUCUUUUCAGUUAUUAGCCGAGGAUCACAGUACAAAGUUGAAUCCAUCAUGGCACGGAUCGUCAAACCGGAGAACUUCAUCAUGGCGUCCCCAACAAAGAAGCAGGUUGCAGCUCAACGCGCCUGCGAGUGCCUGCCUCUCGUCAUGGAGCCACAGUCACGAUUCUACAAUAGCCCAUUGCUCGUAUUGGACUUCCAGUCUCUGUAUCCCUCGGUCAUGAUAGCCUACAACUUCUGCUACUCAACAUGCUUGGGUCGUGUACAAAACGUGGGCAAGCCACAAAAGUUCGGCAUCUUGGAUGACUACGAGGUGCCCGCUGCGUUUGUGGAGGCAUUUAAAGACGACUUGAAUGUCUCGCCAAAUGGCAUGGUCUUUGUCAAGCCGCAUAUUCGGGAAAGCACUCUACGACGCAUGCUGACUGAAAUUCUUGAUACCCGUGUGAUGGUGAAAGAGUCGAUGAAAUUGUACAAGGAUGACAAGUCGCUUCAGCGGAUCCUGGAAGCACGCCAGCUCUCCCUCAAAUUCAUCGCCAACGUCACGUACGGCUACACGGGCGCCAGCUUUUCAGGCCGUAUGCCUUGCGUCGAGAUCGCAGACGCGAUCGUGCAAACCGGUCGAGCGACCCUGGAACGUGCUAUCGAUCUCAUUCAUCAGACGAAGAAAUGGGGUGCGGAGGUCGUGUAUGGGGAUACGGACUCGUUGUUCGUGUACCUCAAAGGCAAAAGCAAGGACGAGGCGUUUGUCAUUGGCAAAGAUAUCGUGGAUACGGUGACGAAGAUGAAUCCGGAACCUGUCAAGUUGAAAUUUGAGAAGGUGGUCUACCAUCCAUGUGUCCUUCUCGCCAAGAAACGAUACGUAGGCUUCAAGUACGAAUCUCCCGACGACGUGACACCAGAGUUCGACGCAAAAGGCAUUGAGACCGUGCGCCGCGAUAACUGCCCUGCCGUCGGCAAGAGCAUGGAAGACUGCCUAAAGAUCCUCUUUCGAACGCAAGACCUAUCGGAAGUCAAACGAUACCUUUAUCGGCAGUGGGGCAAGAUCUUGAGUGGCCGGGUGUCUCCACAGGAUUUCAUCAUCGCCAAGGAGGUCAAAUAUGGCACCUACAGUGAGCACGGCCGUGAACCACCAGGGGCCGAUAUAAGCAGGAGGAAGCUGAAGAAGGAUCCGCGGGCGGAACCGGAGUACGGCGAAAGGGUUCCUUACGUUGUGAAGUAUCGUGGACCUGGUCAUUUGUUGGUGGAUUGCUCGGUGCCGCCAGAAGAGCUGCUCAACGAUAGAACGGCGCGACUACACGGCGAAUACUACAUUCGAAAUCUGAUUAUCCCAUCACUGGCUCGGGUCUUCAACCUCGUUGGAGCAGAUGUGGAGAACUGGUUUGACAAGAUGCCCAAAGUGCAACGAGCCAUCCAAUACACUGCGUCUCAGUUCCGGCCCGACGCCCCGUCAAAUCAGCAGGACGAUCACAAGCAGAACAAUCUUCUAGGGCGCACUAUUGAUCAGUAUUACACUGCUAAGCAUUGCAUGGUGUGUCACGAGAUGACGUAUCAAGAACUCUGCACAAAAUGCGCAAAAGAUGCCCAAUCCUCCUUGACGACCCUGUCCCUCCGGCUCAACGAGGCAGAACGCCGUCACAUGCAGCUGCAACGCAUCUGCCGCUCGUGUUCGGCACAGAACUCGGUCGUAGACGGUACUUCGGUAUGCGUUUCACUCGACUGUCCAGUCCUGUUUGAGCGUGCACAGGCCAAUCAGAAGGUCAGGUUGGCAGGGAAAUACUUGCAGUCCAAAGCGGUCGCGGAGCUAUCUCAAGACUGA